AUGGACGAGUUCCUGUUUUGAUUUCCUGUCACUGUUGUAAAACUGUUGACAUAUAUUUGUAACUAACUUUAAAAGCUUAUACGGAUUUUCCCCCAGCACAGGUUCGUCAGACUCUUCAACUACGUCAUUGAUCUUAAAUCUUCAAGCUCAAGGACUUGAGGAUGGAGGAAGCGUACGCUGCCUUGUAUCAGGAGUUCAUGCGUCUCCAGUCACUCUGCUUAAAACAAGCAGCAAUGCUUCAGCAUCUCUCCGACGCUUUACAGCGACAGCAAGGUUCGGCAACAGCUUCAACAAGGAACCUUGUAAACCCAUGCCAGUGCACAGGAAAAAACACAGAUCAGAAAACACAGUGCUAUGAAUCUCAGAGACAUCCUGCUGGAGAAAACCUGCUCGACCUUCAGACUACUAAUUGUCUGGGUCAGGUAGACAGCGGAUUAGACAAACUACAUCUUAACAUGGACGUGCCGGAUCAGAAACAGGGAGUCCACGAUAAAGCAGUUUUCCACAAUCCUGUCCAGAUGCCUGCGAGCAAUGCCUGGGAUGACCUGAGGAAAGCUGAGGAACAAUAUUACGAGAACCAGACUCCACAAAGGCUGCGGAGGCCCUGGUCGUCCUCUUUCCUGGACAGUGAGCUGCUCAGUCAGGCUGGAGGUCUGGUCAUGUCUGGAGUGACGCUUCAGUCGCAGGUGUGUGAGUUUUGUCACGCUGUGUUUCCGGGACACACCACCACCCGCGGAGAGUUUCUGCGUCACCUCACAACACACAUGAACUGAAGAAGAAGAGCUGAAACACUUCUCUCUGACCAAACAGAGACGCAUAACAUGAUGGAAGAAGAGCGACUUUCAUUUGAUUUCUCAUCUCCUGUUUCAGCUUUGGUUCCAUCACAAACAAUUUGUAUUAAAAGAAAGUUAAUGCUG